CUUCCUCCUAAUACCACUUUCUUCUUGUCUCCUCAAAGAAAACCAGCCCUCCCAUCUUUGAAAUCUCCCUCCUUUCUCCUCCUCUCUCGGAUUCUUCCUAGAUUGUGUUCUCCGAGAACCCAGGGCUUUCUUUCUUCUUUCUUUUUUUUUUUUCUCUCGAUCUGGGUUUCUCCAGGAGAACCUGAUCUAGGAAGUCUGCGUUUGAAUUUGUUGCAGGAGGAGGAGGAAAGCGGCGAUGCAGGAAUCGAGAGAAGAGGAUGAGCAGCUGCGGCGAUGCAAGGAAGGGUGCGGAUGUGAUGGAAGGGAAGAGAGGGAGGAAGUCAGAUUGCUACAGAGGUACUUGGAAGAUCAAUUGAUGUUGGUUGGAUCUGUAUACGAUUGUGGGGAGGAGGAGGAGGAGGAAGAUCAUGGUGAUUGGGAUUUGCUGGAAAAUCUGAUCUGGGUUCUGCUGGAGAAAAAAUGAGAAAAAAAAAAAAGGAGGAAGAAGGUGAGAAGGGUAAAUUUGUAAUUGUAUUUUUAAAAUUUUUUGGUUUUGUAGAGUGUGUUGAGUCGGGUGUGGAUUCAUGUGGAUUCAUGGUGUGCACCUAUCAGUGUCCAUUUAUAAUAAUAUGGUCUUUAGAGU